AAAAAGAGAUGUCAAUCUCUCAACGAUGAAAAAAUACUCUCGAAAUACGAAAUCUCUUUCUCGAUCGGAUCUGCAUGCAAGCGAAUCUCUGCGUGCUCCCCGAGGGGGGAAACCACGUGUACUUAUUCGCUCCCGCUUCCACCGUAAUAAAAGUCGACCACCGCUCACGAUCUCGACCGGUCCGCACCGAAAUCCGCACUGUUGGGGGACAAACGGAGGCGGCCCGAGCUUUUCGGUCGACGAUCGCGUUCAGUCGACGUUGAUCGCUCGGCAAAAUCGGGCGGAAACACGAACGUGGUCCGUUGUACAGAGCGUUAUAGGCUGGCCGUGGCCGUGUGAUCGUGCGUUGUGCAAUCGGCGGAUACAAUACAAUACAUCGCCAAGGAUCGACCGCCGCACAACAUCGACGCCGCAUGUCUCGUUAUCUUUGAAACAACCAGAUAACAGCGUGAAAUUGAACAAAAGUACAGACGAAAAGUGAACAACGAGGGGAAAAUGAUGAUGGUUAUUUGGAUAGUGUUCUCCACCCUCUUGGCGUUCUCCAAUGAAGUCCUGGCCAAUCCUGUCUCCGAGAAGAGCGGCGGACUCACUCUCAGAAUCAUUCACACGAAUGACAUGCAUUCGAGAUUCGAACAAACGUCGAAAUUGUCAGGCGUUUGCUCAGCGAAAGAGGCGAAAGAGAAGAAAUGCUAUGGAGGAUUUGCCAGAUUGGCGACAUUGAUCCGGCAAGCACGAAGAUCGGCUGUCCCCUGCCUCUUCUUAAACGCUGGGGAUACGUAUCAAGGAUCUAUCUGGUACAAUGUGUACAAAUGGAAGAUAGUGGCUAAGUUCAUGAAUCUUUUGGCUCCAAACGCCACGAGCUUAGGGAAUCACGAGUUCGACGAUGGCGUAGACGGUCUGAUACCGUUCAUCCAGAACGCCACGUUCCCAAUUGUGACUUCCAAUCUGAAUUUAAGCAAACAACCAAACUUGGCCGCCACAAAGUUGCUAAAUAGCACGAUACUGACCGUGAACGGAGUAAAGAUCGGUAUAAUCGGUUAUCUGACGCCUGACACAAGGAUAAUCUCUAGAACGGACAACGUCAUUUUCCUGGACGAGGUGCAGAGCAUACGAAGAGAGGCAAAGGAAUUGAAACAUAAGGGUGUGAAUAUAUUAAUCGCCGUUGGACAUUCUGGGUUUAAAACGGAUAAAAGAAUCGCUCGAGAAGUAGAAGAUAUCGAUAUAGUGAUCGGCGGACACACGAACACUUUUCUUUACAAUGGGAAACAACCGGAUAGAGAAAUACCGGAAGGGCUUUAUCCAACUGAAAUAACGCAGAAAAGCGGGAGAAAAGUUUAUGUGGUUCAAGCUUUCGCUUACACUAAAUAUCUUGGCAAUUUUACGGUAACUUUCAAUGAUAAGGGAGAAGUAACCAAUAUUAGUGGCAAUCCUAUUCUCGUGGACAGUAGUAUCGAACAGGCAGAGGAUAUUUUACACGAAUUAGAACAUAUGAGAAGAAAUAUUGAUAAUAUUAGCGAAACAAUAGUUGGAAAAACUCGAGUUCUUCUCGAAGGAGAUAGUAAAAUUUGUAGACAAAAAGAAUGCAAUCUAGGUAAUUUGAUUACAGAUGCCAUGAUUGAUUAUAAUGCUGGCGAAUAUGCAGAUCAAAAUAGUUGGACAGAUGCUGCAAUAGCUCUUCAUAAUAGUGGUAGUAUUAGAACUUCUAUCACAAGAGCUAAUGAUGAUAAAGUUACAAUGAGAGACAUUCUUAGUGUGCUACCUUUCCAAAAUAACAUUGUAAAAGCUUCGUUAACUGGAGAAAUGUUAUUAUCUGUAUUAGAAUGGAGUGUUUAUAAUCUAGAAAAGAAUAAUAGUAUUAAUCUUGUUGGGGCAUUUCUACAAAUCUCUGGACUUCAGGUGAUCUAUGACUUAUCUCAACCAAAAAAUUCAAGGAUAGUUUCAGUAAAAGUGUUGUGUGCAUUUUGCAAUAUUCCAACAUAUAGCAAAUUAGAAAAAAAUCAAAGUUAUAAUGUACUUCUGACUGAUUUUAUGCAAAGUGGUGGCGAUGGAUAUUCUAUGUUAAAGAAUCUCCAAACUCAACCUCUUGGUAUUACUACAGCAGAUAUAUUAAUCGAAUAUUUGAAAAAACAUAGUCCUGUGCAUCCUGCUAUUGAAUGGAGAAUUACUUACUUAAAUGAUCAAAUUAUGCAUAUAUAUAAUAAUAGUUCUAACAGCAUAUAUCAGUUUAUCAAAUUAGCAAUUUUACUACCAAUAAUUAGUUUGUUACUAGCAAGAUAGAUUCUAUCUUCUAUAUAUAAUACACACUGAGAAACCGACAUUCAGUAUUUUAAAACUUCAUAAUUUAUAUCCACAUUUUAUGUACGUUUUACCUUUCUCACUACCUCAAAUAUGAUAUGUAUAUUACAAACUAUUUUGAUGUUAUUAGUAAAAAUAUCAUAAAUACUUAAUUAUUCGGUAUAUAAUGAAAAUAUUUUAAUUAAUAUUUUAUAUUUUGGAUUUUUGUCAAUUAAUAUUUAAUAAAAAUAAUAGAAUACAUAUAUCAUAUAUAUUAUUAUAAACAUUGAAUACAGAUUCAAAUGUUAAUAUAGUAAAUAAACAUAUUUAUUAUAAA